AUGCAUUUUCAUAUCUAUCUAUUUUUAUUUCUAUCUAUCUAUCUAUCUAUCUAUCUAUCUAUCUAUCUCCAUUUCUAUCUAUCACUUUUCAUUUCUAUCUCUCUAUUGCUUUUCAUUUCUAUCUAUCACUUUUCAUUUCUAUUUCUGUUGCUUUUCAUUUUUAUCUAUCACGUUUCAUUUCUAUUUAUCUCUCUAUCACUUUUCAUUUCUAUCUAUCACUUUUCAUUUCGAUUUAUCUAUCACUUUUUAAUUCUAUCUAUCUAUCUAUCACUUUUCAUUUCUAUUUAUCUCUCUAUCACUUUUUAUUUCUAUCUGUCUAUCUAUCUAUCGCUUUUCCUUUCUAUCUAUCACUUUUUAUUUCUAUUUAUCUAUCACUUUUUUUUCUAUCUAUCUAUCUAUUUAUCUAUCUAUCUUUUGUUUUUCUAUCUGUCUUUUUCUUUCUAUCUAUCUAUCUAUCUUUUCGUUUCUAUCUAUUUAUCUAUCCUUUUCUUUCUAUCUAUCUAUCUAUUUUCCUGGAGGUUCUUUCUUUCUAUCUAUCUAUCUAUCGCUUUCCUUUUUAUCUAUCUAUCUAUCCUUUCCUUUUAUCUAUCUAUCUAUCUAUCUAUCUAUCCUUUUCCUUUUAUCUAUCUAUCUAUCUAUCUAUCUAUCUAUCUAUCACUUUUCAUUUCUAUCUAUCUAUCUAUCUAUCUAUCUAUCGCUUUUCCUUUCUAUCUAUCUAUCUAUCUAUCGCUUUUCUUUUCUAACUAUUUAUCUAUCGCUUUUCCUUUCUAUCUAUCGCUUUUCCUUUCUAUCUAUCUAUCUAUCUAUCUAUCUAUCUAUCUUUUUCCUUUCUAUCUAUCUAUCUAUCUAUCGCUUUUCCUUUCUAUCUAUCUAUCUAUCUAUCGCUUUUCCUUUUUAUCUAUCUAUCUAUCGCUUUUCCUUUUUAUCUAUCUAUCUAUCGCUUUUCCUUUUUAUCUAUCUAUCUAUCGCUUUUCCUUUCUAUCUAUCAAUCUAUCUAUCACUUUUCAUUUCUAUCUAUCAAUUUUCAUUUCUAUCUAA